GUGAUCGUACAAGGGUUUGGCAAUGUCGGUUCCCAUGCAUCCGUUUUUGUAGUGGAAGCCGGUGCCAAACUGAUCGGUGUUCAAGAAUUUGACGUGUCUCUAGUAAAUGAGAAUGGCAUUGAUCCAAAGGACUUAAUGGAGUAUUAUGCAAAAAAUAAUAAAUCAAUCAAGGGCUAUACCAAAGCCACCGAAAAAGAGGGCAGUUUGUUGGGUGAAAAAUGCGAUAUACUAAUGCCUUGCUCUAUGCAAAAGGUUCUCACUGUCGAAAAUGCUAACAGUGUACAAGCCAAGAUGAUUUUAGAAGGCGCUAAUGGUCCUUCGACGCCAGCUGCCGAUGAAAUAUUACGUAAAAAGAAUGUACUCAUUAUACCGGAUUUGUUUUGCAAUGCUGGCGGUGUAACGGUAUCCUACUUUGAGUACUUA